CCAUUUAUAAACAUUGAGUGGCGUCGGUGGCCCGCUGCAGGCGCGAGAUCGCCCCCAGCAUGAACGUAGGUUAUUUUUACCGUAGCGAAGCGAAGGUCAAAAAAUUACCGAAGUGGGCUGGGGCCGCGAUCUCGUAAUAAUAAUAAAAAAACUAAUGUUCUCCAUAUCUUUGUGGCACUUUUAUAAUUUAUAAUGUCAAUGCUGCGUCUUAAUCACCGGAUGUGAGCCUAAAAACUUAUAAUCGCCGAAGCCAUAUUUAAGAAAUAAAAAAAAAAUUGUCUAGUUGAUAGAGUUUCUUCUUUUAAAUAAUUAUAAUCGACCUAGUAUGGAACAACAUGGCGAACCUGAGAUGGUAUUUGAAGCCAAGUCCAGAUACCUUUCACUUCAUGGAUCGUACAUUGAUCAACUUGGGAAUCAAUCUACUGAGCAUGUCACUUCUGAAAUGAUUCAAAACCGGAUCACGCGGGAUCAAGGCAGUGGUCAUCACAUUACAGUAGUGAACCAUUUAGAUAUGAGGUACUUGAUGCCACCACCCGCAGAAGAAGAAGAAAGCAACCGAAAAAAAGCACGAAAGCACGCACGAGACGCACUUAAGCAUGUACGAGACACUGUGAUAAACGAAUUUGGACAAGCCAGUGAAUGGGAACGGCCUGUGGAUUUAGGUUUGGGCAGUACAGAGGAAGGUGAGGCGGUAACUUAUUAUCGAGUGCUGCACUGGCCAUGGGGGCAACGAAUGAGAGGGUUUCUGGGUCUCGGCCAUGGCCAUUUUCAUAUCACGGUCGGGUUCAAACCGCGUGAUGUGCACUUGUACAAAGGUCCCGCAACUUUACUCUGUUUAAGAAAAGGUGCAGUCUGUACCACACCCCAAAUUCAAUCCUUAGUGCAGUAUGCCCCGUUUUAUUAUGGUGAUGAUGUGUUUAUUAAGAAUUUAAUAAGAACCUGUGUAAGACAUGGUCAUUAUAAAAGCGGUGCUCGUCUUUCAGCGGGUUAUUUAUAUUGUAAGAAUCAACGAGAAGCACAUCACUAUAAUCAUGAUUAAUUUAAAACUUUGUAGUUCUUGUUGUUUCCCUGUAUCACAAGCUAUUCAAAAGAUACCCAGCCACAACCGAAACUACCCCGCUUCUCCAAGUUGU